UUCAGUCAAUGUGUGGGAACAGUCCGUAACUAAGCUUGUUUUAUUCUAGUGCAUCUAGGACGCGUCAACAUUUGUUAUUUUCUCCUUUUUUGGGGGAAAAGAAGCAACUCAAAAUAUAUCUGACUGACAGCGCAGUUCCAUCUGGAACUUUGGAAAACCACUAGUCCUUGUAUGUACUUACUGGAUAGUGUAGACAAGCACUUUCCAGCCGCUGAGCAGUUGGUGUGGGGAAGACCGGGGUGCCACCAUGGGAAACCGGGGGAUGGAAGACCUCAUUCCCCUUAUCAACAAGCUCCAGGACGCCUUCAGCUCCAUCGGGCAGAGUUGCAACUUGGAGCUGCCCCAAAUAGCGGUCGUCGGCGGCCAGAGCGCGGGGAAGAGCUCGGUUCUGGAGAAUUUCGUUGGCAGAGACUUCUUGCCCAGAGGGUCUGGUAUUGUCACCCGUCGUCCUCUUAUCCUGCAACUUGUUAACAACAAAGCAGAGUAUGCAGAGUUCCUCCACUGUAAAGGUCGUAAAUUUGUAGACUUUGAUGAAGUCCGUCAAGAGAUUGAAGCAGAAACCGACCGCCUGACAGGAUCCAACAAGGGUAUUUCACCCAUCCCAAUCAACCUCCGAGUCUACUCCCCUAACGUGUUAAACCUGACCCUCAUCGACUUGCCGGGAAUGACUAAGGUGGCUGUUGGAGACCAGCCUGUGGACAUUGAACACCAGAUCAGAGACAUGCUGCUCCAGUUCAUCACCAAGGAGAGCUGCCUAAUACUUGCUGUCACUCCGGCAAAUACUGACCUGGCCAACUCUGAUGCUCUCAAGAUUGCCAAGGAGGUGGAUCCACAGGGUCUUCGGACUAUUGGAGUGAUUACCAAGCUGGACUUGAUGGAUGAGGGGACUGAUGCUCGAGACAUUCUGGAAAACAAACUGCUUCCUCUCCGCAGGGGUUACAUCGGGGUGGUGAACCGCAGUCAGAAAGACAUUGAUGGGAAGAAAGACAUUCGCGCUGCUUUGGCUGCUGAACGCAAGUUCUUCUUGUCCCAUCCGGCAUACAGACACUUUGCAGAACGCAUGGGCACACCACACCUGCAGAAGACACUGAAUCAGCAACUUACCAACCACAUCCGUGAUACUCUGCCAGGGUUACGGAGUAAGCUUCAAAGCCAGCUGCUCUCCCUGGAGAAAGAAGUAGAAGAAUACAAAAACUUCCGUCCGGAUGAUCCUGCACGCAAAACCAAGGCUUUGCUUCAGAUGGUGCAGCAGUUUGGUGUGGACUUUGAGAAGUGCAUCGAAGGCUCAGGGGAUCAGGUGGACACCUCCAAUUUAUCUGGAGGUGCAAAGAUCAACCGCAUUUUCCAUGAGCGUUUUCCUUUUGAGCUGGUGAAGAUGGAGUUCGAUGAGAAGGAACUGAGGAAAGAGAUCAGUUACGCUAUCAAAAACAUCCAUGGAGUCAGGACAGGCCUGUUCACCCCAGAUAUGGCGUUUGAGGCCAUAGUGAAAAAGCAGAUCAUUAAGCUGAAAGAACCAUGUCUGAAAUGCAUCGACAUGGUUAUCCAGGAGCUCAUCAACACAGUCAGGCAGUGCACUAAUAAGCUGGGAUCAUAUCCUCGCCUUCGAGAAGAGACUGAGCGAAUUGUCACCACCUACAUAAGAGAGAGGGACAGCAAGACUAAAGACCAGGUGCUCCUGUUAAUUGACAUUGAACUAUCCUACAUUAACACGAACCAUGAGGACUUCAUUGGGUUUGCCAAUGCCCAGCAGAGGACGGCUGCAAAUGCAACAAAGAAACGAGUCAUGCCUAACCAGGUUAUCCGUCGAGGCUGGUUGACAAUCAACAUUAGCAUUAUGAAGGGAGGCUCCAAGGACUACUGGUUUGUCCUCACUGCCGAGUCCCUGUCCUGGUACAAAGAUGAGGAGGAGAAGGAGAAAAAGUACAUGUUGCCUCUCGACAACUUGAAGCUAAGAGAUGUGGAGAAGGGAUUUAUGUCCAGCAAGCAUGUCUUUGCCAUUUUCAACACUGAGCAAAGGAACGUAUACAAAGACUUGCGACAGAUCGAGCUGGCUUGUGAUACUCAGGAGGACGUCGAUAGCUGGAAAGCCUCGUUCCUCAGAGCUGGUGUUUAUCCUGAGAAAGACCAGCCCGACAAUGAAGAUGCCAUGGUUCCAGGUGACACAGUGUCCAUGGACCCACAAUUGGAGCGACAGGUGGAAACCAUUCGCAACCUUGUGGACUCCUACAUCAGCAUUGUCAACAAGUCCAUUAGAGACCUCAUGCCCAAGACCAUUAUGCACCUCAUGAUUAACAGUGCAAAGGACUUCAUCCACUCUGAGCUGCUGGCCUACCUGUACUCAGCUGGGGACCAGAGCAGCCUAAUGGAGGAGUCUGUUGAGCAAGCUCAGAGGAGAGAUGAGAUGCUCAGAAUGUACCAUGCUUUGAAAGAAUCUCUAGUCAUUAUUGGGGACAUAAGUACCACCACUGUUUCAACCCCUGUGCCUCCACCAGUAGACGACACCUGGAUCAAAGAAUCAAGUCCUCCUGCAGGAAUCCGCCCUACUGCUGCAACAGUCCCCCCGCCAAACCGACCCCCGGCGGUCAGGGGUCCCGCACCUGGUCCGGCCCUGCCCCUGAACCCCUCACCAGCAUUUGGCGCGCCACCGGUGCCUACACGACCUGGCCCACCGCUCAAUCAGUCCGGUUUUGAACCAAACGUUCCAUUGAUUCCCUCCAGACCAGCACGAGUGCCUCCUGCUCUGCCACCGGGCAUUCCAAGACGACCUCCAUAUUCCUCUCGUAGCAACCAAAGGUGAUGGAAGCAUUGACGGAGCUCAAACCUACUCAGCUAUCAAGGGUGGCUGAUCACUGCUAUUUCAAGUCUGAUAACGUGAAAUUUGAAGUGGAACAGAAUGGAGGUGGAUCUAAUGAAUUGUCUAAGCAUGAAAUUACACGUGGAGGUGGAUCUGAAAUUAGAUUUCAUAGAAAGGUUAAUUUAAUUCAUAGUAAUUCCAGCAAGUCAUACUUUACUAUUUCAUUACAGUAAAAGGUGCUUUUCAUAAGAACGGGUUCUUCCUCAUUUCCAGGCUGAAAAUUAUUGAGUGUAUUGUGUAAUUUCUUAAAAGGGUGGAUAUUUGAGGUGGGAACCUCUUGAUACCUCACAAUACAAUUUGCGAUAGAAGGCUCAUGAUAACGAUCUUGCGAUACAACAAUUAUCGAUACAUGGGUCAGGAAAUCAUUCUAGGAUAUUCUACAAAACAACUAAUAAACAGAAAAACAAGAAAUGUUCAUCCUUUUGUUGUGAAUCAGAAUGAGUUUAUCACUAGUAGAUGUUCAAUCUGUUUCAGUGGGAGGGAUGGUAGCAAAUGAACGAAUAUUCAUUUGCUGCCAUCCCAUCCACUUCAGAUUAGACGUCUAUGGCCGUCAGUGGCCGCCAAUGCCAGGCGAUGAUUUAAUUUGGGGGCAUUUCAGAUCAUUUUCUGUUGAUUUUUGGUCACUUCCUUUUCUUUUUGGGGCAUUGACAGGUCACUUCCUGUUGAUUUUGGGUUACUGAAAAGUGACUCAAGAAUGUCCUCAAAUGAAUAGCAAGUGACUCAAAAUCAACAGGAAGUAACUUGUUAAUGCUGUAAAAUGAACAGAAGUGCCCUGAAAGUGGCCAUGAAAGCCUGGCUGUAAAUUCUCUGGUUUCAGUGCCAUUGACGCCCAGUCCAGUCAACAUGAAUUGGAUGUCUAGCGCCGUCAAUGGCAGCCAUUGAGUGAAGAUGCACCAAUACCAAUAUCGGCAGGGCGGGCCGAUCCGGCCCGAAAUGGUUGUAUCUGUAUCCUCAAGUACCAACAAAGAGGGUGCCGAUACCAUUUACCGGUCCAGUAUUAUAACACUAACUCACUGACCAAUGAGAGCGGGCCAAUAGCCGCUCUUAACCAAUGCCGGGGCAGCUUUCUCGUAUGUAGGAAAAGCAAACUACAAGAGGAAAAUGUCGGUGGUCUGGAAAUAUUUCAUUUUAUAAUCUCCGUCGAGUACAAUGGCUGGAUGCAAGAUUUGCGGCCUGAAGGUUUCGAGAGGUGGAGUUAAAUUGGACAUUUUCAAUACCUCGAACCCGAUCAAAUAUUUGAAGACGAAACGUGAACGAACACAAAGAGUUUGAGGCUACAAGAGGAGGAACUGCUACCAAGAGAAGGGAGCUGGACCGGAGCAACAAACCCUUCGUCUACUUUA